CAGUGCCAGCAGCCAGCGCUGGAGGGGGACAUGAGCCUUUAAAACAUCUCGAGCCUCUCAAACUUCCGUACAGGCGGUGCUCUUUCAGACCGGGUUUACUUCCUCCAGGCUCCCUCGCUUCUCUCUUCCUUAACUCAUUGUUGGAUUACUUUUCUAGAUCAGUAAACAUGGCAACGCUGAGAGCUCUGAGAAAAUUCUGCCAGCAAUCUAAGCAUCAAGUGUGCAGUCUACAUAUGUCCGCAUCAAGACAGGAAGCUGUGGUCAUCUCAGGCAGGAAGUUGGCCCGUCAGAUCCGGGAGGAGGCCAGGACCGAUGUGGAACAGUGGGUCUCCACUGGCAACAGGAGACCCCACCUGAGCGUGGUCCUUGUAGGAGAUAAUGUAGCCAGUCACUCCUACGUCCUGAAUAAGACCCGGGCUGCAGCUGAUGUUGGUAUCAGCAGUGAGACCAUCCUGAAGCCCUCCUGUAUCUCUGAGGAUGAACUCAUGGACCUGAUCUACAAACUCAACACAGACCACCGGGUGGAUGGCCUGCUGGUGCAGCUGCCUCUGCCAGAACACAUUGACGAGCGGCGCAUCUGUAAUGCUGUGUCCCCCGACAAGGAUGUGGACGGCUUCCAUGUGGUCAACGUGGGCCGCAUGUGCCUGGACCAGUCCACCAUGCUGCCCGCCACUCCCUGGGGAGUCUGGGAAAUCAUCAAACGCACAGGAAUUCCUACCCUUGGAAAGAAUGUUGUGGUAGCGGGACGCUCCAAGAAUGUGGGCAUGCCCAUUGCCAUGUUGCUGCACUCGGAUGGACGCCAUGAGAGGCCAGGGGGUGAUGCCACGGUCACUAUCUCUCACCGUUACACACCAAAGGAACAGCUCCGUCAGCACACAAGAAUUGCAGACAUCGUUGUUGCUGCUGCAGGGAUUCCAAACCUCAUCACCGCAGACAUGAUCAAAGAAGGAGCAGUCGUUAUUGAUGUUGGAAUAAACAGAGUGCAUGACCAUGUGACUGGCAAGGACAGACUUGUAGGGGACGUGGAUUUUGAAGGUGUGAGACAAAAGGCUAGCUUCAUUACCCCAGUGCCUGGAGGAGUAGGGCCCAUGACAGUGGCCAUGCUUAUGAAGAACACAAUCAAGGCAGCUAAGAACCUCCUGCUGACUCCUGCUGAGAGGAUCCGCAUGGUAGCCUCUUCAUAACAGGCCAUACCUGACUUCAUCAAGUGACACAUUCCAUCCCACCAUCCCUUCCCUUUUUACUCUGAGCAACUCGGCGAACUCCACUGCACACAGACACAGAUCGAAACAUGAUUGCUUUAGGAUUCUCAACUUGCUGGUACCUUCCACUUUCAUAAUCUCUACCCGCCAUUUCAGGCUAAUACAACUCAGUCAUUCAGCUACUAUAUAUGCCUUGCAAAAGUAUUCAUCCCCCUUGGCGUUUUUUCCUAUUUUGUUGCAUUACAACCUGUAAUUUAAAUUGAUUUUUAUUUGGAUUUCAUGUAAUGGACAUACACAAAAUUGUCCAAAUAUGGUAAAAUGAAGUUUAAAAAAUUACUUGUUUCAAAAAACUCAAAAUAAUAAAAAACUUAAAAGUGGUGCGUGCAUAUGUAUUCACCCCCUUUGCUAAGAAAGCCCCUAAAUAAGAUCUGGUGAAACCUAUUACCUUCAGAAGUCAUAUAAUUAGUUAAAUAAAGUCCACCUGUGUGCAAUGUAAGUGUCACAUGAUCUCAGUAUAUAUACACCUGUUCUGAAAGGCCCCAGAGUCUGCAACACUACCAAGCAAGCGGCACCAUGAAAACCAAGGAGCGCUCCGAACAGGUCAGGGACAAAGUUGUGGAGAAGUACAGAUCAAUGUCCGAAACUUUGAACAUCCCACGGAGCACCAUUAAAUCCUUUAUUAAAAAAUGGAAAGAAUAUGGCACCACAACAAACCUGCCAAGAGAGGGCUGCCCACCAAAACCCACGGUCCAGGAAAGCAGGGCAUUAAUCAGAGGCAACAAAGAGACCAAAGAUAACCCUGAAGGAGCUGAAAAACUCUACAGCGGAGAUUGGAGUAUCAGUCCACUUUAAAGCCGUACACUCCACACAGCUGGGCUUUACGGAAGAGUGGCCAGAGAAAAGCCAUUGCUUGAAGAAAAUAAAUGAGCAAACACGUUUGGUGUUUGCCAAAAGGCAUGUGGGAGACUCCCUAAAGAUAUGGAAGAAGGUACUCUGGUCAGAUGAUACUAAAGUUGUGCUUUUUGGCCAUCAAGGAAAAUGGUAUGUCUGGAGCAAAACCAACACCUCUCAACCCUGAGAACACCAUCCCCACAGUGAAGCAUGGUGGUGGCAGCAUCAUGCUGUGGGGAUGUUUUCAUUGGCAGGGACUGGGAAACUGGUCAGAAUUGAAAGAAUGAUGGAUGACACUAAAUACAGGGAAAUUCGAGGGAAACCUGUUUGUCUUCCAGAGAUUUGAGACUGGGACGGAGGUUCACCUUCCAGCAGGACAAUGACCCGAAGCAUACUGCUAAAGCAACACUCGAGUGGUUUAAGGUGAAACAUUUAAAUGUCUUGGAAUGGCCUAGUCAAAGCCCAGACCUCAAUCAUAUUGAGAAUCUGUGGUAUGACUUAAAUUGCUGUACACCAGCAGAACCCAUCCAACUUGAAGUUUUGCCUUGAAGAAUGGGCAAAAAUCUCAGUGGCUAGAUGUGCCAAGCUUAUAGAGACAUAUCCGAAGAGACUUGCAUCUGUAAUUGCUGCAAAUGGUGGCUCUACAAAGUAUUGACUUUGGGGGGAGGGGGUGAAUAGUUAUCCACGCUCAAGUUCUGUUUUUUUCCCCAAAGUGGUAGGCAUGAGGUGUAAAUCAAAUGAUACAAACCACCCCCCAAAAAAACAAUUCCAGGUUGUAAGGCAACAAAAAUAGGAAAAAUGCCAAGGGGGUAAAUACUUUCGCAAGACACUAUUAUUUUUUAAAUGUACUUUCUAUGAGACCUUUUGGUUUUAGGUGAAUUUGAACUACCUGUUUAUGUAUUUCUCUGCGUUCAUUUGUCAAAUAUGUUAAAAGCAUUCAAGUGCAAGAGAGACCGGCAAGAAAUAGACUGUCUAUCUCCACAAUACCCUUUAGAUCACACAAGCACUGUGAGUUAAGAGGAUUAAGGGCUAGAGUUAUGAAAUGUCAGGAUAAAACGAGUGUUAAACACAUCAUAAGCUUUACAUUUACAGUGCUUCAAAAAUACCUUUGUAAAUAUAAUUUUUAAAUAAAAUGUUAUUGCAAAUGGA